AUGGCGCCCAGUUUCGACACCCUGACCGAGCAGGAUUUCCACGAGGAGGAGGAGGAGGAGAUUGACUUCUCCGAUCUCAAGGAGCAAUAUGAAGUCAAGUUGGAGGAGGGCCUGGACACUUUCGUCGUCAUCGAUGGCCUCCCCGUUGUGCCCGAAGAUAGCCGCCAGAAACUCGUCAAGUUCUUGUUGAGAAAACUCAACACUAUUGGACACACCUCCGAAGAUGCAGUUUUCAUGCCCUUGAACGACAAGGGCAUGUCCGAAGGAUUCGCCUUUGUUGAAUACGAGACCCCCGAACAGGCCCUCGCCGCCGUCAAGCAGCUGCACGGUGUUCCUCUCGAUAAGAAGCACACCCUGGCUGUGAACAAGUUGAUGGAUAUUGAGCGCUAUGGUCGUGAGGGACGCAUCGAGGAGGAAUACCACGCUCCCGAGCUCGAGCCUUUCAAGGAGAAGGAGCACCUGCGCUGUUGGAUGGCUGAUGCCCACGCUCGUGAUCAGUUCGCCCUCUACCGGAACGACAAGGUCGGCGUGUUCUGGAACAACAAGUCCAACCCACCAGAGAACGUCGUCGAUCGCGCUCACUGGACACAACUUUUCGUCCAAUGGUCCCCCAAGGGUACCUUCCUUGCCUCCGUCCACCCUCAAGGUGUCCAGCUUUGGGGCGGCGCGUCCUUCUCCAAGCAAAAACAAUUCCCUCACCCCUUCGUACAACUCGUUGAGUUUUCCCCUCUGGAGGGCUAUUUGACGACAUGGUCCUCUCGCCCCAUCCAGGUCGAGGAGGGCCAGCCCAUCCUGACCUUCGAGGAAGACGGAAAGAACAUUAUUGUCUGGGAUAUCGAGUCUGGAAAGCCUCUGCGCUCCUUCGUCUCCCACGAUCUGGCUGCUCCCGCCGCCGCCGAGGGUGAAGUUCAGCCUAAGAAGAAGGUCCAGUGGCCUGCUUUCAAAUGGUCUGCUGAUGAGAAGUACUGCGCGCGUAUGCACCAGGGCCAGUCCAUUUCCAUCUACGAGGUGCCCAACAUGAACCUGCUCGGCCGCACAUCCGUGAAGGUUGAGGGUGUCAACGACUUUGAGUGGUCCCCCGCCGCUGUUACCCGCGAGGGUGUCAAGACAUACGAGCAGCUUCUCUGCUUCUGGACUCCCGAGAUCGGUAGCAACCCCGCCCGUGUCGCCAUGAUGAGUGUUCCCUCCAGGGAGAUUGUCCGCACCCGUAACUUGUUCAACGUUUCCGAUGUCAAGAUCCACUGGCAAUCCCAGGGUGCCUAUGUUUGCGUCAAGGUCGACCGUCACUCCAAGUCCAAGAAGUCGAUGGCCACCAACCUCGAGAUCUUCCGGGUUCGCGAGAAGGGUGUGCCUGUCGAGGUCGUCGACAGUCUCAAGGACACUGUCAUCAACUUCUCUUGGGAGCCUAACGGUUCUCGUUUCGUCCUCAUUACCAACAGCGAGGCCCCUGCCGGUGUUGCCGUUCCCCCCAAGACCGCCGUCUCCUUCUUCGCCCCUGAGAAGAAGGGCAACACUGCUGGUAACUUCAAGCUUGUUCGGACGGUCGAUAAGAAGACCAGCAACGGUAUAUACUGGUCCCCCAAGGGUCGUUUCGUCGUUGUCGCCACCGUUCACUCCCAGUCCAACUUCGAUCUCGACUUCUGGGACAUGGACUUUGAGGGUGAGAAGAACGAGGCUGAGAAGGAUCUUGCCGCCAACCUCCAGUUGAUGAAGACCGUUGAGCACUACGGUGUGACCGACAUUGAGUGGGACCCCACAGGUCGCUACGUGGUCAGCAGUGCUAGUGUGUGGACUCACUCUAUGGAGAACGGCUGGAACUUGCACACUUUCUCCGGAAACACCCUUUCCGAGAACCCUACCGAGAAGUUCAAGCAGUUCCUCUGGCGCCCACGCCCCCCUACCUUGCUCAGCAAGGAAGAGCAGAAGCAGGUGCGCAAGAACCUGCGUGAGUACUCCAAGGAGUUCGACGAGGAGGACCGUUACGCCGUGGAUAUCGCCAAUACCGCCGUUGUCGAGCAGCGCAAGCGCGUGCUCAGCGAGUGGCUCGCCUGGCUGCGCCGGGAGAUGGAGAUUCAAACCGAGGAGCGGGAAGCCUUCGGUCUGCCCGAAGAUGCCGAUUCCCCCAAGCUAGCCAAGGAUGCUCGUGCUGGCAACCAGCAAGAGGGCGACACCAUUGUGGAGGAGAUUGUGGAGGAGAUCAUCGAGGAGACCGAGGAGGUCAUUGGUUGA